CUGAUGGAAAACGUCACCUACAACAGUUUUAUGCUCCAGCUGGAGGGCAUAGAUUUCACAAAGGAUGUUGUGUACAUCGCCUUUUUCUUGUUCCUAGCUUUCUAUAUUUUUACUAUGACUCUUAACUUGGGUUUUUUGAUUCUAAUCAUUAUUGAGAAGAGCCUUCACCAGCCCAUGUACAUUCUGUUUUGCAGCCUGACAGUCAGCGACAUCAUUGCAGUUACAGAAGUCUUUCCUCGCCUGCUGGUGGAUAUUUUGAGGCCUCCAUCUGAGCGCCUCAUCAGCUACUAUGAGUGUGUGGUUCAGGCGUUUCUGAAUCAGUGGGUGAGCAGCACUUCCCACACGCUGCUGAUGAUCAUGGCCUUUGACAGAUACGUUGCCAUCUGCAACCCUCUGCGUUACUCUGCGAUUAUGACCAGCAGGAUGCUGGUGAAGCUCACGGUUACCGCCUGGGGCGUUCCCUUCUUGUUUGUUUCGGUUCUGAUCGGACUCUCUGUCAGGCUCAACAGAUGCAGGACUUUUGUCUCAAGCCCGUUGUGUGACAACGCCUCAUUGUUUAAGCUCUCCUGUGAAAGUGUGGAGAUCAAUAACAUCUAUGGCCUCUUUUACACCGUGCUGCUGCUGGCAGCAUCGGUCGGCUCCAUUGUUCUAACCUACGGGAAGAUUGCUGUGAUAUGUCUGACCAGUAAGAACAAAUCAAUGAAGAAAAAAGCCCUGAAAACCUGCAGCACUCACCUGGUUGUCUACCUGGUUUUGUCGUUCAGUGGAUUUAGUGUUAUUGCUCUGCAUCGAUUUCCGCAGUACUCAUAUUACAGAAAAAUCCUCACCAUUCUGUUUUUUAUCAUACCUGGAAGCCUCAACACUAUUGUUUAUGGUGUCCAGUCAAAAGAAAUACGCAACUUUUUAUCUGAAAAAAUUAAGUCACAUCAAUGUUUACAAUUAAAAAAUAACAAAUAGUGACACAGACUUUAUUUUUCUUGUAUACCCAAUAAAACGUGAGUUCCAACUUUUAGGAUGUGGUUGUUUUUUACUGUGUAAAUGUCUCACUAAAAUUCCUUUUGUUGCAGUGAAUUUAUGCUUUGCAUCUAGAAUAAUAAUAAUGAGACGUCAUGUUAGUAGAAAU